CCGUUGGCCUUGCUAUAUAUUAUUGCAUGAAGUUAAUCACGAGGCACCACCAAACCAUCGUCUCCCAACAAAAGCAUCACCUCUGCAACCUCCUCUCAAACACUCCUCAACCCCUUGCUUUUGCCUUUUUGGAAAUGGCGGAAGCUGCUCUCUUCAGCAUUGCCACCGCCAUACUGGAAAGCAUCGCCACCGAAAUUGCGAAACCUGGAGGCUCCUUCGCUUCUCAGGAGAUCCAGUUGCUCUGCGGUGCCAAGGACGAGCUCAAAAGCCUGGAGGACACCGUCCAGACCAUCCAAGCUGUGCUUUUGGAUGCCGAGAAGAAGCAAUGGCACGACAACCAGGUCAAGCUCUGGCUCAGGAGGCUCAAGGACGUGCUGUACGACGUACAGGACUUGUUCGAUGAUGUCGCAACCGAAAAUCUGAGGUGGAAGGUCACUUCCGGCAACAAGAUGUCGAAAGCGAACCUUUCCUCGCUCCAGAAACUCAGCAUUCAUGAUUGUUGGGAACUCGAUUUAUUGUGCCAAGAAGACGAGCACGGCACCCAAUGGCGAUUCCUUACAAAACUUCGUGUUCUUAAAAUCAGAUAUGUUUGGGAUUUGGUGGAAUUACCCAAGGGGAUUCAACAUGUCACGACUCUGCAAUCUCUCGAGAUUUCUUACUGUCAGAAUCUAGAGAGUUUACCGGAAUGGAUUGAAAAUUUCUCUUUGCUCGAAAAGCUGGUAUUAUCUUACUGUCCAAAAUUAGAACGUUUGCCAUUAGGGAUGCGCAACCUCACACGCUUAAAGGACUUGAGAAUCUGUGAUUGUCCAGCUCUGAAAGAGAGGUACCUAACAGAUGGCCAUGAAGAAUUGGAAAAGAUUGCGCACAUUCGGAUCAUCGAUUGGGAGGAUUGAUUGCAACCAUGAGCUCAGUAGAGAGGUCGAAACUGCUAUUUGUACCACUACCUUCCUCCGUUAUGUCGUGCGUGUAGAACACCACCUUUGCCUUGCCGUCUUGCUCGUAGAGAACCUCCUCACUCCCUCCUUCUUCAUCUCCUCCAUCGCAGCCCCCGGAACUCCCUGAUUCGCCACCACUUGGAAGGACCCCAGCGUCUCCGACGCGCGUCGCAUCCUCUCGAUCGCCUCCUUCCUCUUGGCCGGGUCGCGGUCGAUCCCGCCGAGGUCGAUGGUCGGGAAGCUGAGAUUCUCGGAUUCGCUGCUCGAUUCGGAGCUGCCUUCGGAUGUCUUGUCCGGUCGAAUGAAGAAAUUCUGGGGAUUUCGGUGAUCCCGGCGUCGAGGAGGCCUUUGACGCCGGCUUUCGAGUCGUCGCUUGCUCUGUCGUGGCUCUGCUCGCUGGAGUCGAAGGCCAAAUCGAUGGUGGGAACUGUUCCUCUCUCUCUCUCUCUCUCUCUCUCUCUCUCUACUGCAAUUCAAUUUUCACUGUGAAUGUAUAUUUGCUGGGGAUGUGUUUGGAUUAUGAAUUGAAUGUUAUGGAGACAUUUGGAUUAUGAAUUGAGUGUUAUGGAGACAUUGCAUCGCAUGAUAUGAUGAGUAGCUUCUUUGUAGCUGA